CCCCCCCUCCAGGACUUCAAUUACACGGCCGAAUGCUGCCUUUAGGCCCCAACAAAAGGCAGAUCCGGCCGGUUGUCAGGGCAACAGAGGCGGGUGAGAAGCUCUCUAGACACACAGUCACUAAGCCAAACAUUACUACGUGAAUAUUGGCACACAGAGCGAACAAACCCAACCCGCUCUUCACAUCAUGGACACACACACUUUGGUUCAGCUCACUCUUACAUUCAAUGUCUGAACAAGGAUGGGGGCCUGACCACUGAAGGUCUCGCUACCAUGUCCACCGUGACGAAUCAACCUCUUCCCUACGGCCAACUGGAACGAGAGAAUCACAUCCGCGUGAUUUUCCGAGCCUUCCAGAAUAAAUGCAGUCCUGUGUGCGAGUGCCACCCUCACCCACACGGAUGCAAAGCUCUCCAAAUGUCAGCCGAGCAGGUCCCGGGUGCGCCGAGGAGCGAGGAUGGCGCGGGAGGCUCCUCCAACUCUUUGAGCGUGCUGGAUGAUGUCAGUCAGUUUCAUAUCACUGCCAGACCGCAACUUGAGGGACCGCAGUGUGUUCCUCAGAGGAUCUACAGCAUUGCCACGGGAGCCAGCAGGUCCCAGUUGUUUGUGGCGGUGGAAGAGAGUUCAUGCGUGUGCCUUCAGUGUUGUGGUCCAGCUCGAUCCUGCUCCUUGCAGGGCUUCGACCAGCAGGGCCACCAGGUUUUCUACUUGGACAGACCUCUCAGGAUGGAUGCCUGCUGCCUUGGCUGUUGCCUGAUGGAAAUAAGCGCCUACACGGGCCAGAAGCAGCUCAUCGGCACCGUGUGCCAAAGGUGGAGCAUGUUCACGCCUCUUUUCGAAGUCAAAGACUCCCACGGAACGUGUGCCGUCCGAAUUCAAGGCCCAUGCUGCCCAAUUCGCUGCUUGUCAAAUCAGCAAUUUCAGAUUGUCUCCAAUAUUGGUGAGGACAUCGGUACCAUAUGGAAGAAAUGGCCCGGCUUUCACCAAGAGCAUAACAUGGACCAUGAAUAUUUUGGGAUGGACGUGCCACUUGAGAUGGAUUCACAAACUAAACUGUUGCUACUGGCAGCCACAUUCUUACUGAAUUACAUGUUUUUUGAGAUGAGCUGAAGGACGAUAACUUACAGGUAAAAUGUUCAAAUUCAUUUGACUGAACUAGAUAUUAUUAUAACAAUCACUUCCAUUUUUAACAACUUUGACAUUCUUUAUUC